AUGAAGUUCUACCAAUUGCUGGCCAUGGGGCCUCUUCUCAUGCAAGCUCUCGUCCACGGACGUACUGUGCCAGGCAACAUACAGAGUUUUUACACCGGCAUAGUAAACAAUCAGACUUGCCAAAAUAAGCUCGCAAGUGGCUUCUAUAGCACCGAAAGAAGCCGAAACACUUUCUCCUAUUGCGGCGACCAUCUGGACGACUACAAGGUGAUCUACUUACAAGGCACUAACGGCGCGCUCGCCGACAUGGAUGUUGACUGCGACGGCGAUGACAGCCCAUCGGGCGACAGACGCUGCGAAUCUGCUGAGGAACGCGAGCCAGAGACGUCUUUCCAAGAUAUCAUCAGGGGCUACAAGAAAGGAAUAACGGAGCUCAACUCAGUUAGACACUCUUGGGUGGUCCUCGGAAACGUUGGCAGAAAGCCCAAGUUCAACCCCAAACAGUAUGGCGUCUUGCCGCUGAGCAUCGUUGCCGUGGUGUGCAACAAUCAACUGUUCUACGGUGUCUGGGGCGAUGAAUACGGUGUCGAUGAGGACGAACGUCACGGGAAACAAAUGAUUGGUGAGGCAUCUCUUGCUCUGGCCACCGCAUGCUUUGGUCACAGUAUGAACGGAAACAACGGCCACGAGCCCAAUGACGUUCUUUACAUUGCCUUUCCAGGUCCCGAUGCCGUGCCGGGAGCCAACGGUGCCAAGUGGAAUGCAAGGUCGUGGUCUGAAUUUCAUGCAUCUAUUGAGAAUCUCGGCAACAAACUCAUCCAGAGGAUCCCCGGCGCCGGGAAUUGGACAAGGCCUGCACUUAACUCGCCGCAGUGGAAGUGA